UCCAUCGUCUUCGUUUGUUUACAGUUAAAAUUUCCAAAAAUGACAUAAAUAUUUCACAGUGGUGUCAAAAUAUUUGUAUUUAAGUUAGUUUUGCAAACUAUUUUCAGUAGUUCUGUAUCAUCAUAUUCCUUUAAACAUCACAGGCAGGGAAUGAGUACUGCUUGUUGUCUCUAAAGACUGCUUAGUUUUAUCUGUCAAAGAAUUUUCUUCAUAUUUUCCACAAUGGGUCCUAAAGCAUUCAGCUUUCCAGAGGAGGAUAAAGCCAUAGUGAACAAACUAAACGGCCUUCUUGAUCAGUUACAUGUGGAUCAGAGAGUGGAAUCUGUGCAGGAGAUUGGAGCUGGGGUCUUCGUCACUCUGUUUGAAGGCCUGUGUGGGGAACAACUCACUGACAUUGUGAGAUCAGCAAGCACACGGGAAGAUGAGGUCCACAACUGUCAGUGUGUGAUAGACUCCUUAGCGGGGGAUGUUCUCCACACCUCCCUUACUCACAUUACCUCAGCCGAGAUCAUAGAUGGCAGUCGGGAGGCCAUCGCCAACCUUUUGGAAAUUUUCAGCGGACUUCUGGAGUACAUGCUGAACAAGAUUGACAGUGAUGCUUCCACAGAUAAUGGUUUGUAUGAGGAUGACCAGAACCUGACUGCGGAUGACCCAGACCGUCUGUCUCGUGACGAGAUAGACAGCCUGCUUGAACGGGAGCUUCAACGGGAACACAGACUUGCUGAGGUGACAGGGGGGAUUCAGAAUGGAGGACCUACUGCCGCAUGGGUUGAGGAUCACAGCCCUGAAAAAGCCACUAAGAAACAAGCCCCAAAGAAAACAAUUGAAGACUUCAAGGCUGAAUCUGCAAGAUUAGCAUUGGAUGCCCUGGAGGCAGAGACAACUGCAGAGUUGAUUCGUGAAAGUGAGGAGAUCGAGAGGCGUCUAGCAGAGACAAGGCAGAUUGUGGCCGACAAUGAGGCCCUGGAACGUCGCCUUGCAGAGUCAAGGGAACGGGCCCAGCACGCAACCGACAGGGCCACAGGCAGGGGAGAGGAUUUUGCCACUACUGGCACAGCAGCAGGAGGAGAUAGAAAUAGGCCUCAGGCACAGACGACUGAAAAAGAGAAAACUGAGGACGAUGCCCGUCUCACCAAACAGCGUGAGUCCCGUUCAGAUAUAAUCCAACGCCUGGAGAGUGACCCUCGUUACAAGUACAUGCUGCCUCCGACCUCAAUUCAGACAGAAGCUGAAGAUGAGGAGAGCAACGAGACAUUUCGUGCGCUUCAGAGCAUGGUAGAGGAGACAGCCGCCAUGGCCCGUGCAGCAGUCAAGUGUGAUGCCAACCAAGCCAGAAACCUGCUGCGUGACAUGGAGAGGGAGAAAAGAAGUGCUGGCACAAGGCGGGCAUCCCCAGAGAGGUCGAGGCGAGGUCGCCAGUAUGAGGCCCCAACAUUACGCACAGCGAAAAGGGCCUCACCUUCUGCACGCAGAGGCAGCCCAAAGGCAUCAGACAGGCUCUCUGACUCUGAGCUAACGCCCAGCAAAGCAAAGAGGAAGGUGUCAUUCCUGGUGGAACGAUCACUGACAGACUCCAGCCCUGACAUUACAGCCACUUCCCCGCACAGACGAAGUUAUUUGGAGAGUCACUCAGAAAACACUAGCUAUCAAGACAGGCUUAAGAAACAGUACAAGAACGUAGUGAUAGACCUGUUGUCAGAUGAAGACUCUCCAGACCGUGCAAAGUCAUCUAGCCGGCGGUCCCGCUACCAGGAGCUGGCCAAUCGACCCACUGCUCUCUACACGUAUGGCGAGACUAAGCAGCUUGUGCAGCAGGAAAAGAAUGUUGGAAAGAAGAAAAUGGGGUUCCUGGCAAAGAUUUACCGGGAGGACCUGGAUGAGUUGGUGGAUGAGGCAGACUACCUCAUGAGGCAGAACAGGAUAACUGCCAAAGACAAAGAAAAGGAAUUCCAGAAAAAAAUGCUUGCAGGAGUUAAGACUAAGUCACAGAAAGAGAGAGAAGGUAAAGGUCCGGCUGUGUUGAAGAAGAAGACCCGGCCCCUCCAGCCCCACAUCAUGGCCAGCAAGCUGAAGAAGGCAACACCAAGUGGCAGUGUCCUCAAACCUGUCAAGAAACCACCUUUGACAGUCCGGGAUGAUGAGGACCUAUUGCCAGUGUUGCUAGAGGAGUUCCCCCAUCUGCACCUGUCACUACACACCUGGCACGAAUUGUGGCGCCGGGGACUCAACCAGAUAGAGAAAAUUACUCGUGCACACCAGGAGGUCCACAGGAAGAAGUCACAUGCUCAAAACCAGCUUGAGGAAGCAGAGAAGAGGCAGGAGAUCAUGGUGAACAUUGUCAAGAAGGAGCUGGAGCAUGAACAGAGACUGAAAGAUGUAAAGGAUCGAAGAGUGAAUGCUGUAUCGACACGUAACAAGCUCCAUGAACGGCGUAUCCAGUCUGCACGUUCACGUCACUACUAUGACGAGUACCAGGUCCGCAUGCGAGCCAAGAUGCUCAAGAGACGAACCCGGGAGGAGAUGAUGUUCAAGAAGUUAUUUGAGGAUGGCCUGGCGAUACAGAAAGAGAGGAUUCAUGAACUGAGGAAGUAUGCACGGGAACACCGCAACUCUGAGGCUCGCACACAGAGGGACCAAAUAGAGUCCAUGGAAAACUACUACCGUGACCAGUUCCACAUGUUGGCUGACAACAUCAAGCAGGAGAAGGUCGAGCUCACUGUCCGUGAGAAGGCUCAACAAAAGGUGAUGGACACGAUGAAAAAGGAACUCCGUAAGAAGAUGGAGAAGGAGAUACGGACCCUGCAGGAGCAACUAGUCCGGGAUGAUGACGACAUCUAUUUCCGACAGCUAGACUCUGACCGUGUCAUACGUGACCUUAAACUAGCCAAAUACCAGGUCACUGUUUAACAGUGGCCAUUGAAGACUUUUGGCUCUGAUAAGCCAUUUGUGUAGGGGAAUUGUGAUAUUUAUUUUGAUCUGACAAUAGGCAGUCACAUGUGUUACUGCUGCACUCAACACAGCUGAUAUGGUGAUAUUUAUUGAAGGUAAACAAUGUAUUACUUAGUGUUUCACUUUUUAUUUUUUGUGAUUUUCCAUAAUGGAAAACUUCUUGUACAAUUUUGUUGUGUGCUGUUCACUCAAGUUUGAUCCAUUUGACUGACACGUGUGUGUCCAAUUAUCAGCUUUUGUGUGAUGGCAUUUUGAACUGUGUAUUCUACACUUCUCAGAUAAACCAAAUGUAUUCACAUUGGUUUUCAUUAAUCAAUAAAUUUGGUUCCAUAUGAUUAUUGAAAAUGGAAUGUAAAUCAUAAAGAAGCUAAAUCUCAUGUUUGAUUCCUACUUCUCAGGGCCUUUAAUAGAUUACAGCAGUAUGUGACAACUGAGUGUUUUUAAUAUUUAGAAAGAUAAAUUAUUUACGACAAAAAAAUCUUAUGAAAAGAUAUGAAUAUACUAUGAUUUGGGUCUUAAUGCUUGAUAUGUCUAAUGUCUUAUGUAUACGUCUUUUUUGCCAGAAAUACAUUUAUAAAUUGUGUAGAUAUAAGGUACUGCCAUUUAUAUAUACAUGUUAAUCAUAAUGGAGGUCGGACAAAUUAUAAAAUACUUUAUAUGAUAUUGACAAAUGUUUGUACUUUUUUGUUAAUCAUGUUGUUUUAACUGUGAAAUAUUAUUUUGUAGAUAUGCAAGUCAAAUAAAAGCAUAAAAUGUU